AGACGCUUCUGCUCGAACCCAUCCACUCCUGCAGAUCGCCUUCUUCUGGCUACUACUCCUUCCUCUACCUAGCAAAGAGAGAUGGCUGCUGUCCAGGCUAUGUUUGUUGCUCUCGUGGGCGUCUUGGCGUGCUCGCUGGCCCACCCGCAGUACCCCCCUCCCCACCAUGCACCGGCCUACAAGCACCCCGCGCGCCCUUACAGCUACUCCUACGCCGUCGUCGAUGACUACAAGGGCCUCAACUUCGGCGCCGACGAGUCCUCGGAUGGGAAUUCCGUGAAGGGCUCGUACCAGGUGGCCCUCCCCGACGGCAGGACCCAGAAUGUAGCCUACACCGCCGACCACUACGCCGGCUACGUCGCCGACGUCUCCUACAAGGGCCAUGCCACCUACCCCCCACCUGCUCCCUACCAUCCCGCCCCUUACAGGCCUGCCCCUUAUCAUCCCACCCCUGCCCCUUAUGGACCAGUCCACGGAUAAAUAGCCAGCCAGUCUCAAUGAGGAUCUUUUUUGAGAAAUGACUUUUGUUUUUAAUCUUGUUUUAUUUUGACUGUUUGCUUUUUUAUUAUGUUUGCCUCUCAAGAUUUGUAGAAUAGUUUGC